UUGCCCACAUACACCAUCACCACAUCGCAGGAGGAGAGAGAGAGAGAGGGAGACCAAUAGGCAGCAUCAGUGAAAGUCAGCUCUGCUUGGAGGAGAGAGAAAUUUAAAAACAACAAUACAGCAGAGGCAAACAUGGAUGCACAGGAGAAAAACGUCUUUAAACAGACACCGGAGAGGAUGCGGUGGUCGUCCUGCACAUAGCCGGAGUUCUGCGCGGACUAUUUCCCCGUUUUUAAUGAGGCGGGUGGGGACGUACAGCAAGCUGAGACGGCGGAAAGAUUUCUCCAACCCGUCUCCAAAUUCUGCCUUCCUGCGAUGGCUGUGACGGCGCGAUGCUGUUACAGUGUAAAGGAGAGUGUGCCUUUUUGCUUUUAUUUUGUUCUUUUCCUUCUCAGUGGCCUUACAAAUGCACAAUUUCGAUACUCCAUCCCAGAGGAGCUGGAGAAUGGAGCACUUGUCGGUGACAUUGUACGGGAUUUGGGUCUGGACGUGAAUAAACUUUCUACCAGGCGUAUCAGAAUCACGUCGGACAGUGGCCGCAGAUAUUUCACCAUCAAUCACAAGACUGGAAAGCUGGUGGUGAGUGACCGCAUCGACCGAGAGACAGUUUGUGAAUUUGGAGGCACCUGUUCACGCAACUUGGAGGUGGUUUUGGAGAACCCGCUGGAGGUGCACAACGUGGAGGUGGAGAUUGUGGACGUGAACGAUAACGCGCCCCAGUUCCCUCGAGAUGAAUAUCAGCUGGAGGUGUCUGAGUCCGCUCUCACCGGGUCCAGGUUCCACAUCGAGGGAGCUCAGGAUGCAGAUGACGGUUCCAACUCUGUGAAGCAGUACCGCCUCAGCCCAAACGACCACCUCGCUCUAGACACCAUUAAACCCUUCUCUAAUAAUAAGCACAUCGAGCUGAUUCUCAAAAAGCCCUUUGACCGCGAGCAGAUGCCCUCUCAUCAGCUAAUCCUGACAGCUAUGGACGGAGGCACCCCGCAGAGAACUGGUACGGCCAAAAUCAAUGUCCGCAUCCUUGAUGCCAAUGACAACGUGCCUGCGUUUGACAGCUCCGUGUAUAAAAUAAAACUAUCUGAAAACUCUCCCAAGGGCGCACUUGUAAUCAAGUUAAACGCAACAGAUCCUGAUGAGGGCUCAAAUGGUGAAGUUUUUUACUCCUUUAGCAGUUACACACCAGAAAGAGUCAGACAGAUGUUCUCCAUGGACACAGACACAGGAGAAAUACGUGUGAAAAAUAAUAUAGACUAUGAGGAGACAAACUCAUAUGAAAUGUAUAUACAGGCCAUGGAUAAGGGCCCAUCACCAGUUGCAGUGCACUGUAAAGUAGUUGUAGAAGUUUUGGAUGUAAAUGACAACAUUCCUGAGAUUGUGCUGUCUUCACUCUCCAGCCCUGUACGCGAGGACGCUCGGGCUGACACAGUGGUAGCAUUGAUCAGUGUGAACGACCGAGACUCUGUGCUAAAUAAACAGGUCACCCUGGAGAUCAUGCCCAAUUUGCCUUUUAGGAUAAAGUCCUUCCGGAACCACUACACCAUCGUCACGUCUGCCUUCCUGGACCGGGAAACCAUCUCAUCCUACAAUGUCACCGUCAGCGCUGUGGAUGGAGGCACUCCACCUCUGUCCUCUCAUAUGACAUUUAAGGUGGACGUUGCAGACGUGAAUGAUAACCCACCUCGCUUUGAACAAACUUCAUAUACUGUUUAUAUUACAGAGAACAAUGCCCCAAGUGCACCUCUCUGUGUUGUCAAGGCCACAGACGCUGACACUGGAGAAAAUGCCCGCAUCACCUACACUGUCCUCAAUGACAACAACCAUGGUAUCCCUGUAGCCAGCUACGUCAGCAUCAAACCUAAUACAGGUGAGGCCUACGCUCUGCGAGCCUUUGACUUUGAGAAGCUGAGAGAGUUUCACUUUCAGAUUAAAGCCCAGGACAAUGGUGUGCCUCCCCUCAGCCGUGUUGUCACAGUGUAUGUUUACAUCAUGGAUCAUAAUGACCAUACACCCAGGAUAGUCUACCCUCCUGCCAAUGGGAGCCGCACCACAGAGACACUGUUAAAAAAUGCAGAAGCAGGAGUGUUGGUUAGUAAGGUAACAGCGUGGGAUGGUGAUGCUGGGCAGAACGCUUGGUUGCUCUACUCCCUAGGCCCGACCAAUGCAGACCUUGACCUGUUCAAGGUGCAUGAGUACACAGGUGAGAUCCGUACCACCAGGCGGGUCAUAGAGGACAACUCCACCUCCUUUGUAUUGACAGUGCUGGUGCGAGAUAACGGCCUCCCGUCGCUCUCCUCCACCGCCACCAUCCAUGUGCACGUGAUGGAGCUCCCACCGAAGUUGGUCCCUGACCCCAAGCGCAUCAUCAGGCCCAACAGCCCUCUCAUGUUUUCCAAUGUCACCCUCUACCUCAUUAUUGCUCUUUGUGCCACAACCUUCGUGUUCCUGGUCACCAUCUUCGUGUUGGCCAUUGUGCGUUGCCAUGCCUACUGCACCCAGCCUGGCUCCUGCUCCCCAUGUUGUGUGUCCAAGAAGAGUGUGCCUGAGGGGGGCACCUCAGCAGGUGGCGGUGGAGGAAGAGCUGCAGCUGCAUCUGCAGGUGCAGGUGCAGUUGCAGGUGCAGGUGCAGGAGGAGGUGUUGUUGGUGGAGUGCAACAAAACAGCAAUGUGGCCCUGCGCCGUGACCUCAAAGUGGAACCGCAUUAUAUUGAAGUGCGGGGAAACGGAUCUUUGACAAAAACAUACUGUUACAAGACAUGUCUGACUGCUACAUCAGGAAGUGACACUUUUAUGUUCUACAACACGGGGCGGCCUCACAGUGGCACAUGGGGCUCGGGCUACGUCACCAGUCAUAGCGGACAGAGCCAGUUAUUUGUACGGCGUCUCAGUAUGCCGGAUGCAACUGCCAUUCAGCCCAAAGUGCAGAGUGGGGACUGGAGAUAUUCAGCCUCCCUGAGAGCAGGCGGUGUAAUGCAGAGUUCGGUGCAUAUGGAGGAGUCUUCAGUGAUGCAAGGAGCCCAAGGGGUCCUGGUUCAGAACUGGCCAACUGCAUCCAGUGCCGCUGAUCCUGAAGGGGGAGAGGUGUCCCCUCCAAUGGGUGCUGGCGUAGACAGUAACAGCUGGCACUUUCGCUAUGGCCCAGGUGGUCCUGGAGCACCCCCGCAGCACCUGAAACCUGGUGAGGUUCCCCCAGAAGCCUUCAUCAUUCCUGGCUCCCCUGCUAUAAUAUCCAUCAGACAGAACCAGGGCGGAGAGGACGACAAGAGCGAUUUCAUCACCUUCGGAAAGAAGGAGGAGGCCAAGAAAAAGAAGAAGAAGAAGAAGGAGAAGAAAGACAAGAAGGAUAAGGGGAAGGAUGAUGGAGAUGAGUAGAGGAGCAGAAGGAUAUAGCAAAGAAGUAAAGGGCGUUGUUAAAACAGAGGUACCAACCAAAGUCCACUGGGCAAGAAGAAAAUGUGGAUACUAUUAUACGUAGAUAACAAAUUUCAUGUAUCACCUAUUUACGCUGAAGAUAUUCUAAAGUUCUAUAUGUUAUAAAACUGGCCUUACCAAGAUUUAUCUCAACUUCAGUCCCUACUAAGGUUAAUUAAUAACCUUGCCUUGAUAAACGAUACAAAAUAUUGAUUAUUACUCCAUGCCCCUAUGUGCCUAAACACCCAGAGUCAACUCAUGUCAGUCAUUUUUUUAACAAGAAAGGGCGACUCUUUGCCCCCAUCUUGAUUUUUUCUCCCUUUACCCACUGGACAUGUUGGCACCUCUGUCUUAACCCCUCCCCAACUAUGAUGUGUAAACCAUUCUCUCUGAGAGAAGACAAAUACUUUGUACAAGAACAACAAAAAGCUCUGUGCCAGCUAAGGAAAAGAAGAACGACAAAGAAGAUUGGGACAGAUGUUAGUCAUCUGGAGCUGGACACACACUACUUGUAAAUAGCACAGGAGAGUCACUGAAACUAAGGCUUACAUGACACUGCUGCAGAGUCCUAUGGUAUUAACCAACAGUGUUUCCUGAGAUCUCAAUGAAACCACAUGCACACACAUGCAUGCUCACACAUUCAAACAUGCAUACACACUUCCCAUGACAAAGUAGACAUGGAAAGCACUUGGGGACUUUGAGAGACGGAGAGAAAUAAAAAAUGAGGAAAAUCAACUCACAUCUUCUUUCAAUCUUGACACUGCGAGCUUUUUGCCCUGCACAGUUUCCAACGUGAUGCGCAUGUGUACAACAACUCUCUCAGGAUGCAAGCAGCAUCCUUUGUAAUCACUCUGUGUCUGCUCACUGCUUUGGAAGGACACAGAGCGCUUCAUCUCAAGCCAGAAGCCCGACUGAGGAAUGCAGAGAGCACAAAAAAGAUGGAGAGAUGAGAGGAUACCUCACACUCUUCUGAGGAUCACAGAGGGGAGAGUCCAGCUCAGCUGGCUUGAGACUUCGCUUUCAGGCAGCGGACUCUGGUCAAACCUUAAAUAAUAUUAGGCUUGAGAUCUUGUUAACACCACUUCUCCCUCUGCUGCAGCAAAAGCCUGAUGCUUUCUGCUUUGAAUGUUUGGUAGCAACCAAUCCUUACCCAACAACUUUGAGUUUACAAUUGCUCGCCUCCUUGUACCUGCCCUAAGCUGCCACAAGCCAUCCUCCCCUCCCCCAACUGCCUUUUCCCCUACUGUCACCCAUCCCACUGUCUGCCUCUUCAUGUGAUGAUGAAGUUUGUGGACUUGAUCUUUUUUCUCUAAAGAGAUUCACUAUCGCAUACUCUGGCUUUUUUAUUUUCUUCCUCAUAGCUUUAACUGCGUUUUGCUUGUCAUUACCACUCCCAUUUGUGCUACACCUAACCCUCGCACAGACCCCCUGCAGACCCUGCUGCUCUGAACAUUGUGGUGUGCUGAGAACAGCAUGGAGUAAUGUGGAUGAGGCCAGGGGAAGCCCACUCAGGGGGGGAGGGGGGAGGGGGGGUCUAUGCCCUGAACACUUGUCAGAUGUCUCUCUAUGUGCACAAAGGUUCAGUGCUUUUAACUUGCAAGUACGCUGUUCAUUUCCUGUUUGUAACCACAGACGAGAGGGGACCAGGUGGGAUGAGGCUGAUUAUAGGGGUGGAGGACGAGGAGAAAGUGAGGUAAUAGGUGCCGUGGGCUGGCCCUCUGCCUCCAUGUACAAGAGAAGAAGGUUGUUCUCCAAAUUGAUUGUUUAGGUUCGUUGAGUCAUAUAUUAGCUUUUAUGUACGCUGUAAAUGUAGCGUAGAAUUGUCAUAGAUUGUCUCUACAUUAGUUAUUGAAAACUGCUAAAAAUACAGGCAUCUACAGGGAUCUCUAUCCCUCAGCUGUAUCCCACCAAUCCUCUCUCAGGAGAUAUUGAAAAAGGAGGUGCACUUGUUCUUCAAGACCUGCUUCUGUUGGUUUCACUCCCUUGCCUGUAACUUGUUGCCACGUCCCCAAAGUUUUGCGGCUCUGUAUGACGUCACUCCAUUAAGUGGCUGCUGCAUGUACUGCUCUAAGGAAACACAUACUAUAUAGAGAAAUAUAUAUAUAAAUAGAUAGAUGGCUAUGAUUUUAUUAUUUUGUAUCAUCAUUUUUCUUCAUUACUUGCACAGGAGAUAUUUCUAUGUACUUCUGUCUGCCAAACAUCUAUGUACUACAAUCUUCACGCUCCACAGAUGUUGUAUGGCAUCCACUAAACCUCUUUAGAUAUUUGUAAAUGCUAUAGUGUGAUACCUUUCAACGCAAGUUCAUUAUUUUUCUUUUAUCAACUUUGAUUUUUGCUUUUGAGAACAAGCAAAGCAAGAAAAAAGGCAAAAAAAAAAAAAAAAACACUCUGUGUCCGGCUUUGACAUGAUGAUCUAACUAACACUGUAAUAUUGUAACUGAAAUAUGUAUGAUCCUAUGAUGAGCUUUCACUUCCCUUUCACUCCAGAAAAAAAUGAAAAUUACAAAAAAAAAAAUUCCAGUGUAAAAAAAAAUGUAUAUGUAUUGUAUGCUUGUGUUUAGUGAGCGUUCAUGCUGUCAUUCUUACCCAAUGUAUGGUGGUGAACUAUGGUGGAAGUGUGCUGUCCAAAAUGGACUAGCCCAAGACCUGUUGUAAAACCCUUUUUUUGUACACCCGCUCAUCAACCGUGACAGUGAAGUAGUAAAUUUCAUUUAUUUCAUUUAUUUUCUGACUUUUUUAAUUUUACCUAAAUGGAUACAGUGGUAAUGUGUUUUGUUUAUAAAUCACUAAUAAAGUUUUCUUUCUUAAAAAUAAA